CUUUUCUUUUGGUGAUCAAAUGCUAAUAUAAGACAUGGCUGCCCCUGACACUUCCAACGGCGGUUGCCUCAACGUAGAGACCCCGGAACCCGGCACCGUCGAGGACUCCACCUGCUUCACGAAGGUCAGCGGCUUCAACGCCUACAACUUUCUGUUCGUGAACAUUUCCGAGGACAAGAAUAUCACUACGAACGACCUGGCCAAUUAGAACACUUGGAUAGGCGAAGAGUCCGGCUGCGACGCGGGUCUCUACGCCAACCUCGCAAGGCCGGCUCGGGCACACCCACCGAGCCCGUCGAGCCUCCCGGUCC